CGGAGCACUCGUGUAGAGACGAGCAACAUAGUGUGGUCUAUAUGUUUGUGGUCAUUCCUGCAUUUAUAGCUUUCUACUUAUUUGUUUAUCGCACGACUAACUACAUUUUGUAAAUUUUUUCGUGUCAGGAUAAACUCGCCUCGGUGAACUGAAGCUUUUCAGGCUAGCUUAGCUCACUAGUUAGCUUAGCUCGCUAGUUAGCUUAGCGUGCUAGCCGCGGAAGUUGUCAACACAUCGCUAAUCAGAGAAAAUGUGUAAUGUACAAAUGUUGAGAGUGUUGGUGAAUCAGCGACUAAAUGAGGCUGUGGAAGAAAUAUUUGUAGUGUUGGAAAGAACGAUAGCAGAGUACGAAGAUGAACUUUCCCGAACAAAAGAGGAGAAGGAGCGACAACGUCAACUACUGGACGCUGUUUUCAAGAAGCUGCCGAGAACAGACGGCUUUGAAGGAAAUCUUCCUGAGCAGCAGGAGUGGUCUACCAGGAUGGAGCAGGAAGAGGCACAGCCAGCGCAAACUAAGGGGGAUGAGGAGUACCCACAACCCCCUUACCUUAAAGAGGACAUUAAGGAGCCACAGCUCAUUCACAUUGAAGAGGAAGAUGAGGAGCCACUGCCCCAGCAUAUUAAGGAGGAAGGGGAGGAGCCACAGCACCCUCACAUUAAAGAGAAGGAAGAUGAGGUGCCAGAUUCCCCCAUGUCAAAGAGAAAAAGUCACAGCAAAUCUACCUUAAGAAUUAAGAGGAUGAGCCACAAACCCCCUCAAAAUAAAGAAGAGGAGGAACACAGCAUCAGUCAAGACGGAGAGCAUCUUGAAGGACUGGAGGAGGUUGAUGUCACCAAGAUGCCAUUGACCGUUGUCAUUGUGAAGAGUGAAGAUGAUGAGGGUGAAGGUGAGGAGAAGGGAGAGGUGGAGCCUCCAACUCCACACAUGACAACAGAAGCUGAUGGAGACCACUGUGGAGGAUCACAAGCAGACAAGCUCUUCGCUCCACUAUCAGAUAGUGAUGACAUAACGUCACACUCUCCUGACACUGAUGAUGAAGACUCUAAAGCUGACAUGACACGUCAUACUGACAACAAACACUUGAAAUGCUCUUGCUGUGACAAAACGUUUAAAUACCCAUGUCAUCUGAAAACACACAUGAGAACGCACACUGGAGAAAAACCAUUCCUGUGCUCAGUUUGCAGCAAAAGCUUCGCACGAAAGCAACUUUUGAAAUUACACAUGAGACUGCACACUGGUGAAAAAACCUUAUUGUGCUCAGUUUGUAGUAAAAGAUUCCCUACAAAGCAAAGUUUGAGAUUACACAUGAGAAUGCACACUGGAGAAAAACCAUUCGUGUGUUCAGUUUGUAAUAAGAGAUUCACUCAGAAAGGAAAUUUGAUGAGACACGAGAAUACACAUCGCAGAGAAAGUGUUGAGUUGCAGUGUGUGUGAUGAAAGAUUCUCAUAUACCAUCUGGUCAAAAGUUUACAUACACUUGUAAAGAACAUAAUGUCAUGGUUGUCUUCAGUUUCCAAAAAAUUUUUCAACUCUUAUUUUUUUGUGAUAGAGUGAUUGGAGCACAUACUUGUUGGUCACAUAAAACAUUCAUGAAGUUUGGUUCUUUUAUGAAUUUAUUAUGAGUCUACUGAAAAUGUGAGAAAAUCUGCAGGGUCAAAAGUAUACAUACAGCAAUGUUAAUAUUUGCUUACAUGUCCCUUGGCAAGUUUCACUGCAAUAAGGCGCUUUUGGUAGCCAUCCAUUUUUGACCACUCCUCUUGACAAAAUUGGUGCAGUUCAGUAAAUUUGUUGGUUUUCUGACAUGGACUUGUUUCUUCAGAAUUGUCCCCACGUUUAGGCAAGGCAAGGCAACUUUAUUUGUAUAGCACUUUUCAUACACAAGGCGGACUCAAAGUGCUUCACAGACAACAAAGUGAAAUGAAAGAAAAUAAAAGCAAAAUUAAAAUGCAGACAAUAAAAAUAAAAACAGAAACGUUAAAAGUUAAAAGAUUUAGUUUUAAAAGUAGUCAGAGUUGGGGAGAGUCUGACAUCUUCAGGAAGUUUAUUCCAGCUAUGUGUUGCAUAGUGACUGAAUGAUGCUCUCCCUUGAUUUGAGUUUACUCUGGGAACCGCUAACAGUUUAGUCUCAGAAGAUCUUAGUGAUCUAGAGGGCUUAUAUAGUGGGAGCAUAUCAGUGAUAUACUUCGGCCCUAGACCAUGUAGUGAUUUAUAUGUGAGCAGGAGGAUUUUGAAAUCAAUUCUCUGAUGUACAGGGAGCCAAUGUAAGGAUUUAAGAAUUGGUGUAAUGUGCUCACAUUUUUUGGUCUUUGUUAGAACUCUAGCAGCAGCGUUCUGAACAAGCUGUAGCUGCCUGACAGUUUUUUUUGGGAAGACCUGCAAGGAGACCAUUACAAUAGUCAGGCCUACUGGUAAUAAAGGAAUGUACAAGUUUUUCUAAGUCUUGAGCUGACAUGAGCCGUGUAAGUCUUGUUACAUUUUUGAGCUGAUAGUAGGCCGAAUUUGUUACUGAUUUGAUGUGACUGUCGAAAUGUAAAUCAGAAUCUAAAAUAACCCCAAGAUUUCUGGCUUUAUUUGAGGUUUUCAGGGACAGUGAUUGAAGGUGUUGGAUGACUUUAAACCUUUCUUUUUUAGCACCAAAAACAAUGAUCUCAGUUUUAUCUUCAUUUAGUUGUAGGAAAUGUUGGCACAUCCAGUGUUUGACUUGCUCAAUGCACUGGCAUAGAAGAUCUAUGGGUUUAAGUCAGGACUUUGGGAAGGCCAUUCUAAAAUAUCCAUUCUAGCCUGAUUUAGCCAUUCCUUUACCAUGUUUGACGUGUUUUUGGGGGUCACUGUCCUGUUGGAACACCCAACUGCGCCCAAGACCCAACCUCCGGGCUGAUGAUUUUAGGUUGUC